AGAGAGGGCAGCGCAGCAUGUGGAGGGAAGACACACAGAGCCAGAGUUCAGCCUAAGUCUUGAAGCUCUUCACGUUAUUUUGCACUCGGCUGCCUCCCUCUUGCUCUGAUGGAGGCGGAGUCGCAGCUGGCGGAGUUCCGCGUCCUGCAGGGGCCGCUCUUCAAGAAGCCCGGCAAAGAUCCUGCAGGCCCCAAGGUGAUAAGGCAGACUCGCAAAGUCGGCACCACCGUGCCGACCACGGGUCGUACAUGGACUGGUCCAGCAGGUGGCACCUGGGUGGAGCUGGCGCAAGAAAAGCCUGGCUGGAUGCUGGUUGAAGGCCCUGGCUUCAACCAGCCUGGACCUCUUUUAGAAGAGGUGAAGCCGGGAGAUGAGGAGCCCAUUGUGCUCUUUGCGCUAUCCCCAAUCGAUGAUAGCAAGUUCUGCGAGAUUUGCCUCAAGCCAAAUCACACGGUGAAGCAUGCCAAGCACUGGCUGGCUUUGCGCAUGCCUGGGCUGAAGGUUGAGAACAUCAUCGUAGCCAAGGAGAAGCCAAGCGAAAAGACGCACGGCCAGGGCCUCCGCAACUUCCCCGCCAAUUGGCUUCUGGAUGACGAGGUCCGGAUGCGGGACACGCCGUUUAAGGACGGCGAUGAGCUUGUGUUUUUCUACAUGGGUGACGCAGCCCAAGACGUUGCAGCUGCCAAAGAGCGGCUGACAGCCAGCUGAAGUCAA